UUAUUUAGGUUGGGGUUGCGUGUGUUAUUUAUGCUCUGAAUUCUGAAUUCUCUCUGGUUCCUGUUUUUGGGGUCCAGAUUUAACAGGAAUCUUCUUUCAGGGUUUUUGUUCGCUUUUACACCCAUCUUGGUAAUCCUAGUUCCUAAAUCUCGCAUUUUUUCAAUUCUACCCCCACUGUCUUUUGUCCCCCUCAUCUUAUAAACAAGUCCAAGUCUCUCCUUACAGAGAACCCGCUAAGCUUGCUUAAAAACAGUACAAAAGCAAGACUGCAAGAUACAUCUGUUGUAUGCCUUUUGCUUUUGUGGGUUGGGAGUUUUAUUUCCUUUAGAGGUGUUCAUUCAUCUAUUGUGGCCGGGUUUCUGUUUCUUUUAUGCGUUGAAGAUUUUUGUGGUGGAAAGCUUUCGUGUUGUCUUAGUUUCUGGAUUCCCGUGUUCUAGUGAAGAUCUCAAGUUUAACACAAUUUUCAAUCUGGGUUUUUUAUUUGGAAUCUGUGUGGACUCUUAUUGACGAUUUAGAGAUGUGGCUGUUCAAGAUUUGUACUUCGGUUGAGGAUUUGAAGGUAUAGAAAGCAAAAUCAGAAAAUCAUCAUCAUUGUUGUUUCAACUGUCAAGUAGAAAUGGAUAGUUGUUCGAAGAAUGCUAAGGCUUGUCCUAAUUUGCUAGAUUUGAUUCCCAAAGAGAGAGAGUGGCUUGUGAAGAGAGAUGAAGAGCGAGUCCAUGGGUCCUCUGUGGAGAAAAAUCUUGAACUAAAGCUUGGUCCACCAGGUGUUCAAGACUGGUCCAUGAAGAAUUCCUCCAGAAACAACAACAAAGAAAGAGAUAAUGAAAAGUCUAUUAACCUCUCUCUUGGCUACUUCUCUUCCAUGACUAGCAGCACCAACAACGGGAACCUAACACAAAAGCUCUCUUCUUCUGAAAAUUUGUCAUCUCCAUGGUCUACAAAGGGUUCUUCUUUUCUUCAGUUUCCAUCUACAACCCAUCAAAGUUUGCCUGUCAUGGCAAAGGAAUCCUCACAACCCUGUUGCACCAGAGUAGUAAACUUGCAGUCUGCAGAAAAUAAGGCGUUUUCACCAUCACCUGCAAAUACUGCUGUGCCCAACAGCUCCCAGAAAAGAACUGCCCCUGGUCCAGUUGUGGGUUGGCCUCCAAUCCGUUCAUUUAGGAAAAAUCUGGCAAGUAGCAGUUCUUCUAAAGCAUCUCCUGAACCUCAAAAUGGUGUCUCAAACAAGAAGAUUGCUUGUGAAAAACAAGUUGAAAAUUGCAAUAAAGGUUUGUUUGUGAAGAUUAACAUGGAUGGAAUCCCAAUUGGAAGGAAAGUGGAUCUAAAAGCCCAUGACAGUUAUGAAAAACUUUCAAAAGCUGUUGAUGAACUCUUUAGAGAUCUUCUUGCAGCUCAAAAAGAUUCCUCUGCUGGUGGAACAAUGAACACUGAAGAGGAAGAGAAACCAAUUACUGGUGUAUUGGAUGGAAGUGGCGAAUAUACUCUUGUUUACGAGGAUAAUGAAGGAGACAGGAUGCUUGUUGGGGAUGUCCCAUGGCAUAUGUUUGUAUGCACGGUGAAGAGGCUGCGUGUUUUGAAGAGUUCCGACGUCUCUGCCUUAAGCCUUGCAAGUGGAAAGCUAGACAGGACUAAACUGGACUCAGCGACAUUGAAAGGAAAAUGAGAACUUUUGCCUUGACAUGAAGUUUGAAGGAAAAGAGUUUGUGGUCUAUUUUGAAUUUUGGUUUUGAUUAGUAUUAUGAAUCAAGUUGCACUGGAAGUACAUAUUAAUUGUGGAAAGCCUGUGUACUCUCUUCUCUCUUCUUUUUUUGCCAAUUUUGAAUUCUAGUUUAUUUUGACAUGCUCUUUUCACCUCAAAUGUAGUUUGAAGCAAUGCUUAAAGCAAUAAUCUUAUGCCUUUUGACAUGUAAUACUCUCUGUUUAGCAGGACAAACCCAUCUUUAAUUGUAUAAAGCCAUAUAUACAAGUAAAAGUACAGUGGGGUUGUUUUUGUUGUAAAA